CCUUAAUUCACAUUCUAUCAACAUUAUGGAUUUCUCUCGUUUCAACCAAGCUGAACAAACUCAAAUCGCUGCUAUGAUUGAACAUAAGCAGAUGAAAGACUUUUUACGUCUUUAUAGUAGUUUGGUUCAACGUUGUUUCGAUGAUUGUGCCAAUGACUUUACCACCAAAUCCAUCACUGGCAAAGAAGAAGCUUGUGUGAACAAAUGCGCAGAUAAAUUCUUGAAGCAUUCUGAACGUGUUGGUACUCGUUUUGCUGAACUUAGUCAACAAAUGACUCCUCCUGGUCAAUAGAUUAGAUGAUUUCUUCACCCUUCUUUUUAUAUAUAUAUAAAUUUUGUAUCAUAUAUCAUCCGCUCUCUCUCUUUUUUUUUUUUUUUGUAAAGGACCUAUCUCUGAAUAUAUAUAAACAAGUCUUUUUUUAGAUCAAGCAUACAUAGUAGAUAGUAUCUUUUUUUUUGUAGACACAUACAUUAAUAAAAA